UCUCAUGUUUUUCUAGGCCAUAAGGAGUGUGAGCUCGUCCAGUACACCAUGGUGGCUGAAACUGCCUCUGUGUCCUGGGAGGAAGCAGAGAGCUGCAUCCGAGGCACCACAUCCCUCAUGUCUCACUGCCUGCAGAAGGGGGAGAACAUCGCCCUUGUGCUUAAAGACAUGGGAGUGCUGGUCAUUGAAGGCACAAGGGUGCAAAUGAAAUUUUAUUAUGAUUUCCUAGAGAGGUUGUCUGGGAAGGAGAACCUGGAGGAGGCUGUUUUCAAGAUCCCCCGGCUGAUGGACAUGAUUGUAUCCCCGGUGACAGCCGUGGCCUCUCUGACGUUCUCAGGACGUGUGAUUAUCUUUCCUGAGUGAGUAUGUUUGCAUGUGUGGGCUCUGCCUGGUGCAGUUGUUCAGCUCUCAUUCAGGAGCAUUUGCUCUUUGUGGCCAUGGGUAUCCCCUUGUGGAGACACUGCGCAUCACUUUCCUUGAUAUC